CGUCACGUGCGGCUUUUCGCAUCCGGGAAUCCGCCGACUGCAAAUAAAACUAGCCGAUUCGACGCGUGGCUCGCGUUUCUGUUUCUGUUUCCGUUUCGUCCACGUCCACGAAGAUGCUCGGAUCGCUUUUCCUCUUCUCCCUUCUCCUCCUUUCCCGGACGAUCUCCGGACAGAACCCGUGUCCGGAUCCGGAAGAGAUCACCCCCUGCACCUGCUCCUUCGACGGCGCGACGCUGGAGGUCCUGGUGGAUUGCUCCGCCGUCGCCGGGGAGGAUCAGAUUUUCUCCGCCUUCAACAACAUCAACUGGUUCACGAGGCUCACGGAAUUCCGACUCACGGACAACGCAGCAGUGCAAAACCUCCUGGAAGGAGUUUUCGGCGAGGUCACCUUCAAGCGAGUCCACGUGGACGCGACCUCCCUGGCCCUCCUCGAGCCCCUGGUCCUCCUGGGGUUCAAAGACGUCCUCGAGGAGGUCCGGGUCCUCGACAGCCGGCUGGGGAGUUUCGGAUUCGUCUUGCUGACGGCGUUGAGUCAUCUGGCGGUGUUGGACCUGGAAGGGAACGCCUUGACGGUGUUGCCGGUCCUUCGAAACCCCAGUCUCCAGUUUCUCAACGUCGAGAUGAACCAAAUCGCGACGGUCGAAGGAGGAUGGUCCGUGCCCAACUUGAAGCAGCUGCAAAUGGGCAGGAAUCCCAUCGUGGACUUCCCUUCUGGAGUGUUCGAGGGUUUGGAGAGCUUGGAGCAGUUUUCGUGUUUUUCCUGCAACCUGGGACCGACUCUUCGCGCGGGAUUCUUGGCGUCCCAGAGUCCGUCCUUGGUAUCCGUGGACCUCCGAUUCAACGACAUCGUGAAUCUGGAACCAGGCGCAAUCACGGGUUUGGCGGCCCACACCAAUUUGGAUCUGAGAAGCAACAAGAUCGAGGAAUUGACAGAAGAAAUCUUUCGACCCAUGGUGGAGGCCGUCGCAGCUGGCAGCGGAUUCAUCGAUCUCGUCGGGAAUCCCGUGAAAUGCGUCUGCAGCAUGGCGUGGCUGGUGCUGAAUCCGGACUUCCUCGCGAGCGUGGAUGGGAGGUGCGACGAUGGACUCGCUUUCCAGGACUUGGAUCCGCUCAUCUUUCAAGAAUUAUGUCUUUAGAAGAUAACUUUGCCGUCGCGAUUCCAAGGCCUUCUCAAGCAUCCCCAUGUAAUCAACAAUAUACUACAUUUCCGAGGCGACAAUUCGAGUUAAAGACUGACGUUGAAUCUCAGGAUGAAGUAAUGUGAAAACCGUAUUUCGAAAGCUUUCCCUUUCUUCAACUCCCCCCCCCCCCCAUCUAUACGGAACCCACAAACGUCAGGCCUAGUUUUAACCUACGGAAUAAUUUCAUCGUUUUUCAUUCGAAAGAUAUCGCAAUCCUUGACUACGGGACCAAUUAGGCUUAUCAGGGCUUUUGAGAUGUCUCGCCGAGGAUCAGUAACGUUAGACGCAUUACGGACGAAUUAUUACUUUCGCGAAGCAUUUCAGAGGGGACGUUUAACAUUCAACCGGUUAUGAGCCUGUAACGAGU